AUGCCAGAAUUUCUGGAAUUGGUCUUCUUAUUUGGGAAACAAACAACAGCAGAGGAUCUUUAUUUUAGCGACUUCCGCCACAGUAGUCGCGUGACGGCUCUCGACCGUGGAAUGCAAGUACCUGAGCGCCUUUGGUCUGGCUACGACCUACAGAUGUGCUAUAGUCUUAAGUCCGUCGAAUCUUCUAGCUCGCAGCCAGAUUGGCCGUGGUCAAUACGAAAUUGCAUUUUAUUCCACUCCUUCGAUUUGGAACAGAUUAGGUCAACAUGGAUCGUGAUCAAGGGCAAUCAGGAUGUAAAGCAAAGAAUACAAGCAGCUACUAGAGAUUGCCCAAAACGAUUCGCGGCUUUUGAGACCAUCGACCGUGCAUUCGCCCAAACACUUUCAAUACACCUUUUGCUCUGCGAGUGGUCCGCCGAAAAUUGGCGGUGGUACAUCAAAUUCCUGGAGAAAAAGCUCGAAGCGCUUACGGAGGCCACAAUGUUUAUUAAUGCAGAUGUACCCAUCAGCCCCAUGAGGGGUACUGAAGUCCUGAUGAAGCUUCCACGAACAGAUACGCAAAAAAGCCAAAUUACUCAAAGAAGUCGAAUGCUGUCCUUUCCUCGAAGUCUACAUUCACGAGCUCCAACCAACGACAACAUCCAGUUAGAUUCCAUCAAAGAAAACACCUCAAACCGUAUGUACACGAACAGUGCCGGUAUCCAGCAACCUAGACCUCCUGGGCGAAGGUCAACAGCUCCCCAAGAUCCAAAGACCACAACGAGGAGUUUCGACGUCUGGGGCCAGCAAAGAUUUUUUUUCAGGGAUCUUCAAGACACACAGAAGCUUGAGGAGAGCGCCAACGAAGUCGUUCUCGUUCUUAAUCUUAACGUCAAUGUAAUGUCACAGUUGAAGAAGUAUUACGAAUCAGUCUUCGAAUCUCAUGAAAUGCUUGACCAGUUGAGGACGAAAUGCAAAGAAGAUGUUUCAAAAUUUGACCGUGAGCUAGAGCGAAUUGUGAACUCUUUAUAUCUCCAGAUAUUACGAGUUGAAGCCUUGCAACGUCUUCUCAAAGAUCGGAAGACUCUGGUAAGCCCUAAUGAAAUAGACAAGAUGCACCCAACCUCAGCUAACAAAGUGAAGCUGUACGGACUCCUAGAGUUCGAGAACACUCGAGCCAACGAAUUUCUGGCAUGGCAAUCUCGAGACUCAAAUAAGAAUAUGGAACUCAUGACAAAGGACAUGGGCAUUCUUGCCCGAAAAACGAAAACCGAAACCGUUUCGAUGAAAAUCAUCACUCUCGUCACGCUAUUCUUUCUACCUGGGACUUUCAUCUCAAUAUAG